AUGAGCGCCGAGAAGCAACAACUAAUAGUUGACCCAUACAUAAAAGACCUAGAAGACCAAAUUGCCGCGAUUGACAAUGGUCAAAAACCCGAAAUGCCUGGACCUGCAAUUUUCCACAAUUUAUUCAUCACACAACGACGAGCCCGUCUGACAGAAGAACUCGAACAAGCAAAGAAACGAGUCUCAAUGUGGCAACCCGCGAGACCUCAGCAGAGAGUUCCAUCAGCAUGCGAAAUCGUCACUCUCAAUUAUAUGGUAUAUAUUUGUUUCUUCCUUGCGAUAAUCGCGGCUGUUGUCUGGUUCCUGAAAUAUACGGGACUAUGGAAAUUCGCGGCAUGGGUGGGCAAAGGAAUAUACUACCUUGUAAAAGGAUGCUCAUGGAUCGCCGGAAAAUUCCACCAACGUUUCGAAGAGCCAGAAAUCAAUCUUAUUGAUCUAGAAGAUAUCAACAAAGACUAUUUCAAUGGAACGAUCUCCGAGGCAGGACUGGAUGCAAUUCGUGAACUGGAUCAUAAUGCACUACUAAAGAUGGCAAGUGAAAUCGAAUUGGAACAAGUUGAGCAAGUUGCAGAUCACAUGAUAGAAGAUAUCUUCUCAGAAGACAUCGCCUCAGCCAUCGAGAAUGCUUUCUCCCAAAUGCGACGAUGGAUCGAGACACUUUUCUUUGAAACAGUGGAUGAUGGAAGAGCUCGACGAGGAGCGGAAACAAUGGUAUCAUCCUUCCGUCCACUCGCCAAAGCACGGGCUGCAAUCGAUCGAAUUGAUCUAGAAGAUAUCAACAAUGAAUAUUUCAAUGGAACGAUCACUGAGACUGGACUGGAUGCAAUUCGUGAACUUGAUCACAAUGAACUACUGAAAAUGGCAAGUGUUAUCAAGCUAGAGCAACUUGAACGAGCUGCUGAUCACAUAAUAGAGGAUAUUUUCUCUACAGACAUCUCAUCACCCAUCGAAGCAGCUAUCUCAAAAUUGAGACAUUGGUUUGAGAAACUAUGGUUUGAAACACUUGAUGAAACGCCAGCAACAGUGAUAAAACGAGUGCGCCGAGGAGCAGAAACAAUGGUAUCAGCCAUCCGUCCACUCGCCAAAGCACGAGCUGCCCAACUCAUCGUCAUAUCAAACCAACUUCUUUCAGUCGACGGGGCACCCGAAUCCAGACAACCCAUUGUCAUGCCAGAAGUCAAUUACAUUGCCAAUGACGAAUCGGAAAACACACUAGAAGCGACUGCCAGUGCUGCUGCAUACACCGAUGACGCAACAAAAAAUCUACAAGUUGGCAGCGUGAAAACAUUUGCGUGGUUCUUUCUUGCGCUAGCCAUCGUCGUUGUCAUUACAUGUUUUAUUGGGAAAAUUAGCUUGGUCCUGGAGACAUGCUGCGAAUGCGUAUCAAAUUUUUUCAAAAUGUGCCAACCUACAGACGCCGAAAGAGCUCUACAAAUGCGUCACAGUCAAAACAGAGAGCGGCGAGAAGAACUGCGAUUCCAACAACAGCAACUGAAAGCAGAGGCACAACGGCGGCUGAACGAAAGGAAGCAGCAAAUAGCUGAUGCUAGAACAGAAUUCAAUUUAAAUGUACUCCGGGCCGCGCAAUCACAAGCAACACAGCAAGUCAAGCUAGCGGGAGUAGACGCAGCAUUCGGAUCACCAGCAGUUUUGAGAGCUCUAGAAGGACUUGAAGCCGAUGCUGAAUCAGUGCCGCAAAGAGGAUCGAACUUUCUAAGCAAAAUCAACCCAUUCAACCAACGUCAAUUGUAUUCUUCCGGCAAAAUGCAACCUGCGGAAAGACCAACUUCACAUGAGGACAGCCCACCAAAAUACUCAUCUCUGCAAGAAACACCUGACGUCGCACGUAUGACCAUCCGAACAACAGCAUCUGAGCCCAUCGUGGCAGCUCAACCAUCACGAACCACCAGUCAGUUAAAUCGAUAUGAAUAA